GUCAUGAAAUGGGUCCAUGAAAAGCUAAAAACCCACGUUUGAUGCUUAUUAUUGGCAAGCCAUCACAGCCUAACUAGCUCCACCAGCCCAUUAUUUAUUAUAGUACUAGUAGUAUUAAAUAAAUGAUAUUAUACGCAGUAAUUUGUUUGUACUUAGAUUAGUAGAUGUGACCAAAGCAGCCUCUGUCAUCAGCUCCUAUUUGGAAACUUCACUGUUCUUUCAUCUUUCCAAUUUGUGUAUAUUUAUCUCUGAUCCCUCUGUGUUUCUUGAAAGCUAGCUCCUCUUCUCUGUUUGAUCCCAUCUAUUUCAAGGGUAAGAGAAUAAGAGAAGAUGAGUCUGCUGGAUGGAGCUCGAGCUGAUCUUGCUCUUGCAAUAGUGUAUUUGAACAAAGCUGAGGCCAGGGACAAGAUUUGCAGGGCUAUUCAGUAUGGUUCCAAGUUUGUGAGUAAUGGAGAGCCUGGCACAGCUCAGAAUGUUGAUAAGACUACUAGCUUGGCUAGGAAAGUGUUUCGGCUUUUUAAGUUUAUUAAUGAUCUACAUGCGCUUAUUAGUCCUCCAGUUGAAGGAACUCCUCUUCCGCUUAUUUUGUUGGGGAAGUCCAAAAACGCUUUACUGUCAACUUACUUGUUUCUUGACCAAUUUGUUUGGCUCAGUAGGACUGGCAUAUACAAGAAUGCAGAGCGUGCACAGCGUAUUGCGAAGAUUUCUGUUUACUGUUAUAUGGGUUCAUCAAUUUGUACUACCUUGGUUGAGAUAGGGGAGCUUGGAAGGCUUUCAGCAUCAAUGAAGAAAUUAAAGAAGGAAAAGAAUGAGGAAGAAUACCGUGCUAAACUGCAAAAAUCAAAUCAGAGGUCGCUGGCCUUGAUCAAAGCAGCCAUAGAUAUCGGGGUAGCAGCUGGGCUGUUACAAAUGGCACCUAAGAAAAUCACUCCACGUGUCCUGGGAGCCUUUGGAUUUACUAGCGCUCUAAUCUCUUGUUAUCAGUUACUUCCUUCACCACCAAAGCCAAAGGCCGCUUAGAAGGAUGCGGCUGUUCUACUCAAAGACCAUCUACAUCAAAUCUUAUGGUGUGCAGACUUGCUACAUCUAUGUUUGUUCGUUUUUCACUUGUAACAUUAUUGAAGAAGUAUAGGUUUAAGUUUCUCAUGUGUAAUCUAAAACACUUCAGCGGUUUAAGUUUCUCCUGUCUGUAAUCUACAAGACCCCGUUCUUUCCGUAAGCUAUGAAGCUUCUUGUUUCCAUAAACGAGUUUACUAGCUGGCAAUUGCAAUCUACGAUGAACUCUUUGUCUUUUGUUCUGUC